AUGGAGAACGUGGAAACUCAAUUGGCAGACCACUAUGAGUAUGCCGCAUGGCUUUGUGAGAGGUUGGAUAAUAUGACAUGGAUGAGAGAUGCAAUCCAUGCCCUGGGUGAACGAUUGGAUCAGUUGGCAAAUCGCAUUGCAACCAAUGCAGAUGAUACAAGAGAUGCAUUGACUGUUUUGGACGAUGCAACUGACGUUGUGCGCUAUGGGUUGAUGGAGUUUGGAGGAUUUGUGAGGAACCAAAGCCUCACAGGACAACAAAGGACCCAUAUGUUUACUCAGGAAAGGGCAAAUUUUGUCCUAUGGAACAUGCAGAGGAAUCGACCAGAUGACACCGACCCUUUAGAAGAUGCAGAGGAGGAAAGAUUGACAGAUGAUGAGGUUGAACCUUCAUCCACAGAAGGUAUGAGCAACCUGAUGGAAGCAAUGAGGAGAGAACAAAACAUUGCAUUGACAAGAGAAGCAUGGGAGGACGCCUCAAUGAUCCAACAGGCGCUGAUUACAAUUCUGGAUGCAAGUGAGCAAAGCAAGCGCAUACGUCUGUGCGACCCUGUAGUUUCGCAAUCUGAAGGGGACACAUGCUUCCACUAUUUGCCUGAUCACCCGGGAUAUGCAGCGGAAGAGCAGACAAUGUACCCACUGGACCCGCUGGAACGGCUCAGCACUUGCACGCACCAAUGUUUCAAUCACAGGACAGGGGGCUUUGGCAAUGAUGGCGAUGAGGAGUGGGAGCUCAUCACAAUCCAAUUGGACAUUAGCCCGAGAAUCUAA